AUGAACACCCUUUCUGUAUUCGUUUACCUGAAAGGAAGAAAGAGAAUAUUAGACGUGGCGGCAUUUUGGUUUUCUGUUUGGCCAAGCAAGCGCAGGUAUAUAGUAAAUCCCAAGUCCUCAUGCCCAGGCAUAACUGAAAUCGUUACUCCUUCUUCUUCUUCUGAUAAACCUCUCGAGCUUUUCUCUCUUGCCCUGAAAAUGACUACGAAGCUAACGACGUGCUUUUCCCACUGGAAUAUCACGGGGCUCAACUCUAUCUCUAACUCUAAGCCCUCCAAUGUACUUCACUUUCCCUUGCCACACCGUCGCCUUCUUCCUGCUACUUGCAGAGCGGGAAAGCAGGAGGACCCCAAUUUCCAGCGUCAAAAUCAACCCAUCAAGAAAGUUCCUGAUGACCAAACUUCGGCACAUGGGAGUCGCCAACCAAAAGAAUAUGACGACUCUAGCAAGGAAAACUCAAGAAAUACUUGUACUCCUGCAGAGAAUAGCCUUGCAAAGAAUUUUAGUCUUUCUAAUAUCACGCCUUUGACCGGAAUCAAAGAUAUAGUAAUAGAGCAUAGCGAGGAGCCAUCAGGUACCCAACUCCAGAAUUUGUUGGAGGAGAAGAGAUAUGUAGAGAAAGAUUCCAACGCUUUUCUCUUAAAUCAAGCUAGAGUUCAGGAACUCAGAGAUCUUCAAAACAUUCUUCAUAAGAUGGAAGUAUUGCAAAGAAAAAUUGAAGUCUUGGAGAAAAGGUUGGCAGAGACUGAAGCACAGUUAAAAGUGGCCGGCCAGGAAAGGGUGCGUGUGGAACGCAUGGAAAGAGAGUACUCAUUCUUAAAGUCUUGCCUGAAAAGCUUGGAGUCAAAGUUCUCUGUUUCUCAGGAAAACUUAUCGGAGAUGCUUGCAACACUAAGAAUUAGAGGCAAGGAUCUAAGGGAUGAGACUGAAAAUUCACAGUUGUUGAUAGAUAGGGAAACCAAACAAGCUGACAAAUCUAUUACAGUACUGCAACAAAACCAGGACCUUCAAAGAAAGGUUGAACAAUUAAGGAGACCUGAUGAAGAACCCGUGGAUGAUAUGCCACAGGAAUUCUGGAGUCAGUUGUUGCUUAUAAUUGAUGGUUGGUCACUUGAAAAGAAAAUAUCAAUACAGGAUGCCAAGGUUCUGCGAGAAAAGGUGUGGAAAAGAGAGAGAUAUAUUCAAGAUACAUACAUUGCUGUCAAAGAACAGAGUGAACAUGAAAUCAUUUCGGCACUUCUUGCAUCAUCUGCGACAAGUUCGGGAUUGUAUGUGAUUCACAUUGCAGCAGAGAUGGCACCAGUAGCCAAGGUUGGUGGUUUGGGGGAUGUUGUUAGUGGCCUUUGUAAAGCAUUGCAGAGGAGAGGACACCAUGUUGAAAUUAUUCUUCCCAAAUAUGAUUGCAUGCAGUAUGACCAGAUCAAUGACUUAAGGGCUUUAGAUGUAGAGAUAAACUCAUACUUUGAUGGACAACUAUGCAAAAAUAAAAUCUGGGUUGGCACUGUUGAAGGCCUUCCUGUGUAUUUCAUUGAGCCCGUCAACUAUGGUGAGUUCUUUCGGAGAGGACAUAUUUAUGGAGAACUUGAUGAUUUCAAGCGCUUUUCAUUUUUCAGCCGUGCAGCUCUUGAGUUUCUUCAUCAAUCAGGCAAGAAGCCUGAUGUCAUUCAUUGCCAUGAUUGGCAGACAGCAUUUGUUGCUCCACUAUAUUGGCAUGUAUAUUUCCCAAAGGGAUUGAAUUCUGCAAGAAUAUGUUUUACAUGCCACAACUUUGAGUAUCAAGGGACUGCACCAGCUUCAGAAUUGGCAUCAUGUGGUCUUGAUUACCGCCAGUUUAACAGACCAGACAGACUGCAGGACAACAAAGCUCAUGACAGAGUCAAUCUUGUCAAGGGUGGAAUUGUUUUCUCUAACAUUGUGACAACAGUGUCACCUACUUAUGCUCAACAGCUGCAGACCAUGGAGGAAGGACAGGGCCUCCAUUCAACGCUUCGUUCACAAUCCCACAAAUUUUUUGGCAUUCUAAAUGGUAUCGACACUGAUGCAUGGAAUCCUAAUACUGAUACUUAUCUCAAAGUUCGGUACAAUGCAAGUGAUCUUCAAGGGAAAUCAAAAAACAAGGAUGACCUGAGAAGGAAACUCGGUCUCUCAUCUGCAGAUGCCAGGAUGCCAUUGGUUGGCUGUGUAACAAGAUUGGUACCACAAAAAGGUGUUUUUCUUAUCAAACAUGCGAUUUAUCGAACAUUAGAGAUGGGAGGACAAUUUGUUCUUCUUGGUUCAAGUCCAAUACCAGAAAUUCAGGAAGAAUUUGAGACCAUGCAUCACAGCUUUCAGGAUAAUGACCAUGUUCGGUUGAUAUUGACAUAUGAUGAAUCUCUCUCCCAUCUUAUUUUUGCUGCAUCUGACAUGUUUGUCAUUCCAUCGAUCCUUGAACCUUGUGGCCUAACACAGAUGAUAUCAAUGAGAUAUGGCACCAUCCCCAUUGCUAGAAAAACUGGAGGAAUCAAUGACAGCGUUUUUGAUGUCAAUGAUAGUACAGUACCUUACGAGUCAAGAAACGGAUUUACAUUUUUGAAGGCAGAUGAGAAGGGAUUAGAUGAUGCUUUGAAGCGUGCAUUUGAAUUUUACAAAGGAAAUCCAGAGAGCUAAUCGCUUGUUGAGAAGGACAUGAACAUAGAUUUCAGCUGGAAAUCUUCAGCAGCACAGUAUGAGAAGCUCUACUGCAAUGCUGUGGCUAGAGCAAGGAGAAGGAAUAUACUUAAACAAACCUAACAACUUUCACUUCUGUGGCAACUUUUCAAGAUUUAACUUCUGUGUCGUUUUGUGAAUGGAUUCUUCUGUUUGAAUUCAAGGGAAUAAGCUGUCCGUCAUGCUCUAUGCACCCUGUUAAAUUUGUGCCAGGUGUUAAUAAAAUAAAAUUUUUCUUCUUA